AUGAACAAUUCUAAUCGAAGCCUCGCACUGGACGAGAUACAUCCUCGCAGAUCUACAGAAGUAUCCGAGAUCGAGCAACCCACGCUUGCUCCAGCAGAUGGAGGCAGGGCCGCAUGGCUGAUGUUGGCUUCAUGCUGCUUCAUCCAGAUACCAGUCUGGGGAUUCGCUACUGUCUUCGGUGUCUUUCAAGAGUACUACUCAACACAUGACGUCCUACAGGGAAGCAAGAAUGACCUGGCGACUGUUGGAACUACGUCGACUGGACUUCUUUAUCUUCUCUCGCCUGUCACUUUCACGCUUUUAACGAGAUACCCGCAUCUACAAUACUAUUGUGCACCCGCGGGCCUGGUUAUCACAGUGAUAGGAUCUCUAUUAUCCUCAUUCUCGGUGCAGGUUUGGCAUUUGAUUGCCACGCAGGGUAUCAUGUGUGCCAUUGGGAAUGGGCUCUUAUUCAGCCCGUCUUCCUUGUACCUUGAUCAGUGGUUCUUGCGUCGGAAGGGCCUUGCUCUUGGAACUAUGUGGGCUGCAAAGAGUAUUGUUGGAGUUGCCUUGCCUUUCAUUGCUAGUACUUGUCUGAAUAAGUUUGGCUCCAGUACUACACUGAGGGCUUGGACUGUCGUUACGCUGAUAACCACCCUCAUGGCCUUGCCAUUCAUGAAACCCCGUAUCCCAAUAUCGCAAUCUACUUCAGCGCGCCGCUUGGAUCUAAGCUUCCUUAAGCAAACCACAUUCUGGAUGCUAGAAAUAGGGAACAUUAUCCAGAGUUUUGGAUAUUUCUUACCAACUACAUUCCUCCCUUCCUUUUCGACAACGACUGUCGGCUUAUCCCAGAACACUGGUACAAUGCUGGUCUCGUUAUUCAACGCAACAUCUAUCAUUGGUGGGAUAGCCUUGGGAGUACUCUGUGACCGGUUCUCCGUGACAAACGUUAUGCUUCUAUCCUCAGUUGGCUCGGCGUUAUCAGUCCUUUUAUUCUGGGGUAUGGUAUCAUCGCCAGGCUCAGAAUCGUCACAAACAGCCAUUGCCCUUCUUGUUAUCUUCUCCAUUACAUAUGGCUUCUUUGCCGGUGGGUUCAGCUCCACCUGGUCUGGGGUUAUUACUCAGAUAAAGCGUGACUCGUCACCAUCCCUGGACACUGGACUUAUAUUUGGUCUUCUUGCUGGUGGACGAGGCAUUGGAAAUGUGAUUAGUGGACCGCUAAGUACGGUGUUGCUCCAGUCGGGGUCUUUGGGGGAUUCAAGUGGUGGUGGUAGUACGGGAUACGAAACACAGUAUGGGACACUGAUUCUAUUUACUGGAAUUACAGCCAUUUUCGGUGCAUGGAGCUGGAUGUGGCGGGCCACUGCCCUAUCUACAACAAUGGCAACCGAUGCCGCGCUCCAAGAUCCUCUGCUCUCACUGCGACGUGCGAUUGCAUCUGGCAAUCUCCCAACGCCGACAACCUCGUCUGAGCUCUCCGACCAAUCUACCACAGACGACCUAGCCAAAGCCACACAUCUCUACUUCGCUCAACCAUCUCCUCGGACAAUUGCCCUAUCAACACUCACACGAUUCAUUUCGGCAUCUACCAAAUCCCCUGUUGACCUGCGCAGUAUCCUUUUCGCCUGGCAGAACAAAGAUGUCGCCAUUCCCGAGUACAUCGCCAAGGCGCAGGAAUUCAACGAGGCAUUAAAACAGCAGACAAAAGAGGGUGAGAAGGAGGAAAGUGUCCAGAUUCUUAUCUUCCUCGAGCGUCUUGACCUUUUCACCUGGCUAGAGGGUGCCUCCGACGACAGCGAACAUAUCAAACCCCUCGAGGGUGCUGCUGCCGCAGCUGAAGCAGCCGCCUCAGCUGCAGGCGCUGCGCAGGCUGAUAAUGCGGCCGGAAUCGCCGCUGGUGCAAUUGGCGGCGUGACCUCCGUCCCCAGUGGAGCCGCAGGAGCAGCCCAGCCAGGAACUCAACUUGGCCGCCCACAAAAGCAGAUUGACCCUCGACUACAGGAGAUUUACAAUGGCGAGCGCAAGAUCGGUGACCGCAAUACAGUGCUACGUGGAAUUAAGCCGACGGACUUCUCACACGUCCGCAAGAGCGCCGAAUUAUUCCUCGACCGCAACCGCAGUCGACCGGGCCAGCCAAGCGCCAAACCAGGCAUCAAGGGUUCCAUCCCAGCCCCAUCAGCUGGUCUCUCGAUGGUCCCAUCGCGCAAGUCGAGCUCCUCCCACUCCCGCCCCGACCCAAUCAUCCUAAUCUCACCCUCCGCCUCAUCCCUCAUCCGCAUGUCGAACGUCAAAUCCUUCCUCGAAGAAGGUAUCUUCGUGCCACCGGACCACCCAACCCUCUCAGGCGCCACAGACGCCAACCUCGUGAAGCUAGAGCGCCCGCUCCGUCUCAACGGCGACGCCUCAAACCCAAGCGCGAUCUCAAGCUCCCGCGCCGGAAAGCCAACACGUCCAACCAAGUUCAUCGUCGUCGACGGCACAACCAACUUCAAACCCGAAUACUGGAACAGACUCGUCGCUGUCUUCACUACUGGCCAGACCUGGCAGUUCAAGUCGUACAAGUGGUCUUCGCCGCCGGAGCUGUUCAAGCAUGCUACCGGUGUGUAUGUCGGGUGGCGCGGCGAGGACGUCCCUGCCCAGGUUAAGGGCUGGGGUCGUGGCGUUGAGACAUAUGCUGUUGAGCGUUGGGACGAGAAGAAUGGUGUUCACGGUGGUGGACGCUGGCGGGAUCGUGAAGUUGUUGAGGGUAUUUGGACUGCUAUUGAGGAGGGUAUGAGACUUCGUGGCUGGGGAACUAAGUAG